ACCUGCUCGCUGCUCAUCCUUCUCUCGCACGUUGUGUUCAGCGUAUCUCCGCGUGAAUAGAUUUCAGAUGAAAUUGCCGUGGUGGGUAAUUGACACUCACCACACCACGCAAGUUUAAAGUUUACAAUAUUUAACAUGCUGCUAUUUAAAAUUACUUAUCAAAAAUUUUAACGUGGUGAAGUGCGAAUUGGAAAAAUGUCGGGGGAUCACGACGGUCUACGUCUGAGACGUACACAAAGCGUUACACGAGCUGAAGAAAUACAAGCUGAGGAAUUAAGAGUGAGAAGAUUACAACCAGAUAAACCAUGUCACAAGCCGAGGGAUUCGCUAUUCUCUUGGACUUCGGGAUUCGAUAAUUUUACGGGAUUCGUCACUUGGGCGUUCUUGCUGUUGUUUAUGGGAGGUCUUCGCUUGUUAUUAGAAAAUUUUAUUAAAUAUGGAAUUAGAGUCGAUCCCAUACAGUGGGUGUACGUUUUGACAGGGCAGGACGAUAGUGGUAGCGAACACCCAUCGCUAAUUUUGUUGCUUUAUUCUUUGGUUCCAGUUGUGCUGUGUUUAUUAACUGAGAAAGGUCUAUCUGUGGACAUUAUUCCGAACGGUCCAGGAUUAAUAAUUCACGUUAUAAAUUUGUUAGUAUUGGUAAUGAUACCGAUUGUGGCCAUACAAAUUAAAGACGGCUUCAGUUUAAUGGGGGCCACCUCUGUGAGUUUCAUUUACUGUGUGCUGUUUUUAAAAUUAUGGUCGUAUGUUCAAGUGAACAUGUGGUGUCGAACACAGCAGAGACGUUCGAAGACUAACCACUCAUUUCGUAGGCAAUCGUUAUCUUUUUCAAAUCUAGGGAGUGGCGAAAGCAAGAAUGGGUAUAAUGACGAUCAUGAGCACGAGGAGUUGGUGCAGUACCCAGACAAUUUACAUUUGCGAGAUUUAUUUUAUUUCAUGUUGGCACCUACACUUUGUUAUGAGUUGAACUUCCCAAAGACGUCCAGAAUUAGGAAACGUUUCCUACUUAAACGUAUAAUUGAAGUCGUCAUAGGAAUCCAGUUGAUAUUAGCCGUGAUGCAGCAAUACAUGGUGCCAUCUGUUAAAAAUUCACUUAUACCGUUUAGUAACAUGGACAUCACCAAAGCUUCAGAAAGACUGUUAAAGUUAGCAAUACCCAACCAUUUGGCGUGGUUGUGCUUUUUUUAUAUAAUAUUUCACUCAUUUAUGAAUUUAAUGGGCGAGCUUAUGCAUUUUGCCGAUCGUAACUUUUACAGCGAUUGGUGGAACUCCAACAAUAUAGAUACGUUUUGGCGUACCUGGAAUAUGCCUGUGCACAGGUGGGCAAUUAGGCAUGUUUAUUUACCAUGCGUUUCAAUGGGUUACAGUCGCUUAAGCGCGAGUAUAUUCGUUUUUUUUAUUAGUGCAUUUUUCCACGAGUACAUGGUGAGUGUACCAUUAAAGACGUUUAAGAUUUGGGCAUUUAUGGGAAUGAUGGGACAAGUGCCUCUGUCUUUGAUUUCCAAGUAUAUGGAGCGACAUUUUGGGCCGAGAAUGGGCAAUGUGGUUGUGUGGGCUUCCCUUAUACUGGGUCAACCCUUGUGUGUCAUGAUGUAUUAUCACGACUAUGUGAUUACACACUUCGGAAAAGAUUUACUAGAAGACUACAGCCAUGUUUAACGUAAAUUGAUUCGUUUGUAGGGCAAGGCAAUAACUAAUACAGUUUGCUUCCAUAUUCGCGAGUGCUAUAUUCUAAAAUUGUGAUUUAUAUAGGUAAUGCCAUUUAUUACUUUGGUAGGUAUUGUUACAUAUUAUUAUUUAGUUUUGUCGAAGAUUUUGUAAUGCAACUUUUAUUGUGCAGUUUAAUUAAUACUCAAUUGUUGGAAUUAAAAA